AGCCCCCAAAAGGUAGUUAGAGAGCUCUUUGAGUAAGAAGAAUCCUUCUUGGUCACCCUGAGUUCAAUCCCUGGUCUUACACAUUUCUCCAAAGGAACCCUGACAUUUAGGGCCUAGACUCCACCUCACAUCCCUACCCCCACCCUAUAGCGGCUCCUCUUAAUAAUCUAAAUGUCCAUUCCUCUUUAAUCCCUGUUCCCCGACAAGGUUCUCACUCUUUCUGGCAUCCGCCACCUUCUCAGCCGCUCUUUUCUCAGCCUGCAGCAGCUGCUGGAUGCCUUGGGAUUGACUGGCCAUCUCUCCUGCCUAAGAGCCAUCAUGAGUUCUUCCUCUCGCCAACGACAUAGGGAGAGACGUUUCCGAAAAUAUCUGUCUGUUGGACAGCUGAGCAAGGCUAAGUCCCUCUUUCAACGCCACCCAAGGCUGAAUAUAGAUGCUGGAGAACCACCACCACUCCAUCGAGCUUGUUCCCGUAAAGAUGCCCCUGCCUUUCAUUUGCUACUCCAUCUUGGGGCUGACCCCACUCACCAGGACUGCCAUGGGAAUACUGCCCUGCAUGCUGCUGCCCAACAGGGUCCUAGUGCCUACAAGGACUUCUUCGUACCUCUGAUGACACGGUAUCCCACUGCCGUGAAGAUGAAAAACAAGCAAGGAGAGACCCCUGAGGAGCUUCUGGGCUGGGAAAUGCCCCCAGAGUCAUUUUUAGAAAUGGAGGAAGAAAAAGAAAAGGCUGACAGAGAAAAAAAAUGGAGGCAAAAACUUCAGGACGAGCUGGAGGAUGAGUGGCAAGAAAUGCUGGGGAGGUUUGAGGAUGAUGAGGACACCCCAGAGCCUGAGUCUUUCUCUGCUUGGACUGAACGUUUGGCCCGAGAACAUGCUCAGAAACAACGACAGCAACAAGCAACAGAAAGAGCCCAGCAUCCAAAAUGUCCAUCCACCUCAUACCACAGCUGGCAGCAGCAGGAGAAGGAGCGUUGUCUCUUCCAAGAGCGAGCCCAGAAAAAGGAAGAAGAACUGAGAGAAAGCCGAGCCAAGAAGGCCCAGGAAACCAGAGGGCAUUGUUGGGGAGACCCCACUAGGACAAAGCUCAAGGGAGACUUCACCAGGAGUGGGGACAGACUCUGGUGCUUUGAAGAUAUACCCUGGCCCUGCCUUGGAGGAAGGGACCCUGAGGCAAUGGCAGCAGCCCUGGUGGCCAGGGGCCCCCCAUCCACAGAUAGGAUAGCCCUAAGGAAGUACUUAAGGACCCAGCAGGUUCAAUGGCAUCCUGACCGAUUCCUGCAGAGAUUUGGGGGCCAAAUUGAAACUAGGGAAAGAAAAAAAGUAAUGGAGAUUGUUACAGCUUUGUCUCAGGCCCUUAAUCGCCAUGCAGAAAGCCUGAAGUGACCCAGGCCCGUGUUUUUGUUUUUUGUUUUUUUUUUCAAAGAUAAUUAUUUUAUUACCUAUUCUUCAGGUAUCACCUCAGAAACAAUCUAAUUAUAUACAAAAAUUUUGAAUGUUGAAUAAAUGCUAGUUGAUAAAAAUAUUAUAUAGCUGCUGACAUGGGAAAAUUUGGGGGGAAAUUAAAGCAAAUUAAUACUACAGGCUCAAUGUAAGCAAAAGGAUUUGGGGGACAAGGACAACACAUGGGGCCCAUAAUGAGGAGGAGAUGGAAUAUAGGGAUAAAAAAGGGGUG